AAUUUUCCAUUCCCAUUUCAAGGCUUAACUCCCUCAUUUCGCUCUCCUAAAUCAUGCUACUUUCUUUCUUUUAUUCUCCCUGUUCUCUCCUUUUGAAAUGCUUCAUCAACCUUCGAUAACUCUCUCUCAGUUGUGUCUGUUAUAUACUUAUAUAUGUACAUGCUAUUAUGGGGAUGUAUGUAUAUAUAGGUGUUGAAAGAGUGCAGUUUUGAGGGGUGGUGGGUGGUGCAAAGAUUGCAAGUAUGGAGUUUGGAAGUGGGUCUGGUGGAGACCAUGAUGGCUCAGACCCUCAUAGAAGGAAAAAGCGUUAUCAUCGCCAUACCGCUCAUCAGAUUCAGCGCCUUGAAGCAAUGUUCAAGGAUUGUCCACACCCGGAUGAGAAACAAAGGUUACAAUUGAGUAGGGAAUUGGCUUUGGCUCCACGGCAGAUCAAGUUUUGGUUUCAAAAUAGGAGAACCCAGAUGAAGUCACAACAUGAAAGAGCAGAUAAUUGUGCUUUAAGAGCAGAAAAUGAUAAGAUCCGAUGUGAAAAUAUAGCCAUCAGAGAAGCUCUUAAGAAUGUGAUUUGCCCUUCUUGUGGUGGUCCUCCUGUGGCUGAAGAUUCUUAUUUUGAUGAACAAAAGUUGAGAACGGAGAAUGCUCAAUUGAAAGAAGAGCUUGAUAGAGUUUCUAGUAUUGCUGCAAAGUACAUAGGGAGGCCAAUUUCUCAACUACCACCAGUGCAGCCUAUUAAUAUUUCUUCAUUAGAUUUAACAAUGGGGAGUUUUGGAGGCCUAGGGCUUGGUGGUCCUUCUCUUGACCUUGAUCUUCUUCCUGGAAGUUCUUCCACAAUGCCAAGUUUGCCUUAUCAACAGAUAAUUUUAUCAGACAUGGACAAGUCUCUAAUGACAGAUAUUGCCUCAAAUGCCAUGGAAGAGUUGCUUCGCCUUUUGCAGCCAAAUGAGCCCAUGUGGAUUAAGUCCUCAGUGGAUGGUAGAGAUGUUCUUGAUCUUGAUAACUAUGAGAGAAUGUUUCCAAGGCCUAAUGGCCACUUGAAAAAUCCCAAUGUUCGAAUUGAGUCUUCCAGAGAUUCUGGGGUUGUGAUUAUGAAUGCCUUAGCAUUGGUUGACAUGUUUAUGGACAGUAACAAAUGGGUGGAGUUGUUUCCUACAAUUGUAUCAAUGUCAAAAACAAUUGAAGUGAUAUCAUCUGGAAUGUUGGGUAGUCAUAGCAGUUCUUUGCAAUUGGUGUAUGAAGAAUUGCAGGUGCUUUCACCACUUGUGCCAACCAGAGAGUUCUAUAUCCUCCGUUAUUGUCAGCAAAUUGAACAAGGCUUGUGGGCAGUAGUAAAUGUUUCUUAUGAUUUCCCCCAAUUCACUUCUCAGUGUCGCGCUCAUAGAUUCCCUUCUGGAUGCUUAAUUCAGGACAUGCCUAAUGGAUAUUCCAAGGUAACUUGGGUUGAACAUGUUGAAAUUGAAGACAUAACACCUAUUCAUAGGCUUUAUCGAGAUCUUAUUCACAGUGGAUUGGCAUUUGGAGCUGAUCGCUGGCUUGCUACUCUUCAAAGAAUGUGUGAGAGGAUUGCUUGUCUAUUGGUUUCAGGGACUUCAACUCGGGACCUUGGAGGAGUUAUUCCAUCACCUGACGGAAAACAAAGCAUGAUGAAACUUGCUCAAAGAAUGGUUAACAAUUUCUGUACUAGUGUUAGCACAUCAAAUAGCCAUCGUUGGACCACCCUUUCUAGGUUGAAUGAAGUAGGUGUUCGAGUUACUCUGCAUAAGAGCACCGAUCCUGGCCAACCAAAUGGUGUUGUUCUUAAUGCAGCAACCAGCUUUUGGAUUCCAAUUUCCCCCCAAAAUGUCUUCAAUUUUUUCAAAGACGAAAGAACUCGGUCCCAGUGGGAUGUUCUCUCCAACGGCAAUGCAGUACAAGAAGUUGCUCAUAUUGCAAAUGGGUCACAUCCUGGAAACUGCAUAUCAGUUCUUCGAGCCUUUAAUACUAGCCAAAACAACAUGUUGAUACUCCAAGAGAGCUGCAUAGACAAUUCAGGAGCACUAGUAGUUUAUUGUCCUGUUGAGUUACCCGCCAUUAACAUAGCAAUGAGCGGCGAGGAUCCAUCCUACAUUCCCCUACUGCCAUCAGGGUUCACAAUUUCACCGGAUGGUCGUCUGGACCAAGGUGGAGAUGGGGCCUCGACGAGUUCAAAUGUCCAUGGAAGUAUCGGACGCUCGAGUGGUUCACUUAUUACAGUUGCAUUUCAGAUUCUGGUAAGCAGCCUGCCAUCUUCGAAACUGAAUUUGGAGUCGGUGAACACGGUUAAUAACCUUAUCAGCACAACUGUCCAGCAAAUUAAGGCUGCUUUGAAUUGUCCUGGUUCCUGAUGAUGCUGCGUCUGCUAUUGUUUCUCUGCAACACAACUAUUUUGCUUUCUCUCCCAUCCUUAAAUAUUUACAUCAGAGAAAUUCAGAGUGCCCCUUUGUGCUAGGUAAUGGUAUUCAAUGUGGACAAAAGUAUUAGAGUUAGUUGGGGCUUUGAAUGCAUUUCCAUCAAGAGCCUGAAGCCUCCUUAUUUACUGUCUGCUGCUACUAGUGCUGUUUUUUGCUGCCAAACUUCAUUACGACUACACCAACUUUGAAUUCUUUUUAUUUUUUUAACCUUUUUACCAAGGACCUUUUUGUUUUUUGCAAUGUAGGGUAGAAAAAGAGGAAGUCAAGAACGCACCAUACAUGAAAAACAAAAUCGAAAACAUGAAUGUAUGGUUCGGGUAUUGACUUCCGUUCAUCGACUUUUAUUCUUGACAUUGUCGUAUCAUUUAAAUUUACAUAUUGUUGGAUAAGAAUUGUUCGAGAAA